AUGGCUGAAGGAGGUCCUCCAAUAGCAGGUGCUUCAUCAUCAUCUUAUUCGAAUAGUGAUGUUAAUGAACAAUAUCUUACGAGUUUAAUGGAAAUGGGGAUUCAUCGAGAUGAUGCUCGACAGGCAUUGAAAAGUGUUAAUAAUCGAAGUUUGGAAGAUGCUUUGGCUGUUAUUUUUGGUGAAACAUCUUUCUUUCCCGGAGAGACAGCGACAUCCAUUAGCGGAGCUAGAGUAGAACAGGUUACUCAAACACCUUACGAAUCGAAUGUAAUACCAACAGAUAGUGAUACAACUGAUGAAAAUAUGAUGUCCUAUAAAAUGUUAUUUAUUGUUAAUGGCUCACUGCCUAUGAGUUCAGGAAAACUUGCAGCACAAGUUGCACAUUGUGCUAUUGGUUUAUAUCAACAAAUUCUUAAUCGACGUAUGAUGGCUUUGCAGUUCUGGAAUAUUUCUGGUCAAAAAAAAAUUGUUGUUCGUGGAAAUUCAGCUGAAGAAUUACUUGAAAUUGAACAACGUGCAUCUAUAAAUAAAAGUAUUGUUACAUCAAUUAUUCGUGAUGCUGGUCGAACAGAAAUCGCUGGUGGAUCGAUUACAUGUCUUGGAUUAUUCGGUACAAAUAAUCAAUUAGAUCCUAUAACAGGUCAUUUGAAAUUAAUGACCGAUUGUUUGAAAUGUGGUCGUGGUGGUAGUGCUAAUAAUCAACAACAGAAAUCAAAAAAGAAUAAAAAAGAUACAAAUCCACCAUCAACUACAAAUUUAGAUGAUACAUCAAAUACACAAUAA